UCCUGCUCUGGAGCUACAGCCAGAAAUGAAACGUGAACCUGGUACAAUUGCUUAACCGUACAUGCUGAGGGACUCUUUGACCUGGGGGGGCUGAUUCCCGUGUGGAGUCGUUGUGAUGAUGGGCAUCGUGUCCCGCUGUGCAAAGAGACUGCAUUAACUGCAGACCUCUCACUCUUCCCAUUCCCAGCUAGGGAAACAGAGGACCUUGAGUGUUCCUCUCCGAUUCGUACUUGCCAAUCUGGAUUAAUACUUGGACUUGGAUGAUUCUUGUGGGUCCCUUCCAACUCGGGGUAUUCUGUGACUGCCCUGUGGCUGUGAUUUUUCUCACCAUUAAUAUAUUUUACUUAAAAUACUUGCUGUGGUUUAGCUCAUUAUGAACAAAAUCAGAACAAGAGAACACAAAAGGAAAAAGAAAAGUUAAAAAGCCAACUGGCUGUUAUUUUCUAAUGUUCAUCGCUAUUGGAGCACACAGGAACUGUAUAUAACAUCUCUCAGAAAGGAUACACGGGGCAAGUUGAGAUUUUGGGUUGUAGUGGCUUCUACCAUACAAACUGGAGCUCCCUGUAAGUCCCUGGCAUGUGUUUAGCACAUCCGUGACAGAAAAUCAAGGACAGUAUGUCCAUCUAAAUUUUGUACAGAGAGCUUACAGCAAUGCUGGGAAUGUUUAGGGCUCUGCAAUCCACAGAUGUCUGGAGGAAUCUGUGUAAUACAGCUUCCCAUCACCAGUGUUUCUUGGAAUUGGACAGAUGGCAGCCACUAUACUUAUCUUGUAUGUGUCAAAACUAAAUAAUAUUGUUCACUUCCCUGAUUUUGACAAAAGUAUACCUGUGAAGUUGUUUCCUCUGCCUCUGAUUUAUGUUGGAAACCACAUAAGUGGAUUAUCAAGUACCAGGAAACUCAGUUUGCCGAUGUUUACAGUGCUCAGGAAGUUUACCAUUCCACUUACUUUACUGCUGGAAAUCAUCAUACUUGGGAAACGGUACCCACUGAGUAUCAUAGUCAGCGUAUUUGCCAUCAUUCUUGGGGCUUUCAUAGCAGCUGGGUCUGAUCUGUCUUUCAAUCUGGAGGGCUAUAUCUUUGUGUUGCUAAAUGAUAUCUUCACAGCAGCAAAUGGAGUUUACACAAAGCAGAAAAUCGAUCCAAAGGAGCUGGGAAAAUACGGUGUCCUGUUCUAUAAUGCUUGUUUCAUGGUGGUUCCAACAGUUAUUAUUAGCUUUUCUACUGGAGACUUUCAGCAGGCAAUACAUUUCCAGCAGUGGACAAAUUUCUUAUUUCUUUUUCAAUUUGUUCUUUCCUGCUUGUUGGGGUUUCUCUUGAUGUAUUCUACUGUCCUAUGCAGUCAUUACAAUUCUGCACUCACAACGACAGUAGUUGGUGCCAUCAAGAAUAUAUCCAUUGCUUACAUCGGAAUGUUGAUUGGUGGAGAUUACAUAUUCUCUAUGUUAAACUUCAUAGGCCUAAAUAUUUGCAUGGCAGGAGGACUGAGGUACUCAUUUUUGACAUUAAGAGGAAGCAGCGAGCCUGCACAACCUGGGGAUGAAGAGAAUGCACUUCCUACCUCAAAGAGUUAGCCAAAGCGCCUGCCUUGAAGGGGACCCAAGAUGCAAGUGUGUUUAGCAUUGCUGAGAGCUUAAAUUGUGAUGGAACACAUUUGGAACAAGGAAAUCUACCUCGACUGUCACAGACCAGCACGAGAUUCGUUGGCUCAGAAAUACUCUUGCACACCGUGUUUUUUACAUACAGACUAGUUUAAUUUUAGGGUUUUUUUUUACACCACAAGCCGAUUUAUAGGAAGGAAUGCUAUGAGCAAACCUCAAGUUGUGAAUUUCUGUGUUUAACUGUGUUUGGGUGCUGCUUGUACUCAGCAAGACCUGUGAGUUCUCUUUCAGUGUCUGCCAGCAGCCUCUUGAGGCAAAACUCGCUGUGAAGACCGUGAAGCCUGAUUCACCAUUGCCUUAUGCCACGUGCAAUCCUUACUGUCAGUGAAGAGAUGAGAAAUCCUGGUGGUUCAGGCUGUUUUCACCUCUGCAUUUGCCUUUGUGUAGGUGAUACAGAACAUAAGGGGCACAGAGGAUAUGCUCCCCCAGAUUGUUUCCUGUGUAAGUGUUGACUAAAAAAAUUGGGGAUAUGUCCAAGUGUGUUCAGUAUACAUUGUGUAGGCAUUCUGUUUCAAUCUUUUCCUCAUCCUCACGGUGUUCUGCUGCAACUGGCACUGUUGGUAUAAGUGAAUCCUCGUGACUUGGCAGCGGGAUCAAGGAGAGUAGGAAAAUGACAGAGGCUUUUUUAAUAUUUAAAGGUAUUUUUGUGUGUGUGUGUGUGUGUGUGUGAGCCAGUACCAAAAAAAGGAAAUCUGGUUUUGUUUACGUAAAUUUUUCUUUUAAAAUCACGAUCACCUCCUCUGAUAUUUUGUCUAUAACUGUCUUGCUGCAGAGAUGUGAUGAUACUACGUACAAACAUAGUAGGGAGGGGAAGCUGACUGGUGUACGGAAGACUAAAUUGUGUUUAAAUGAGAAGAAAGGCUCAGUGUCUUGUUGUGUCCUAUAUAUAUAGUGAAAGCUUGUCUGGUACUAGUUUAUGUUUUAAAUUCUGAGUAAGGAAUCACUGUAAGCCUGGAGAUUGCUAGAGUAGGCACAGCCCGCACUGUGGUGGUCUGAGUUAUCAUCUGGGACAGUGGCACUGCUCUGUAUCUGUAUCUCCUUCUUGGAAAAUAUGGUUGAUAAUGCUUACUGGUGUCUCUGAGGAUAAAGUGUUAGCCUUUGAAAACACCAUACAAGCAUUGCAGCACUGGAAGACAGCUGAGGAAUUAAUCUUGUUGAUGCUCUCAAUUCCCUGCAAGCACAAACUGAGGUUUUUGAAAAUAAUCAGAUCAAAAGAAGAUUUUGGAAGACUCUGACGUGGCACCAGCAUGGUCUAAUGACUUGUUUGAUUCCCCCUCUGAAUUAAAGCAGAGCUAAAUUUGAAAAUCAUCACUCUGUGUGCAGCACAAGAAUGACCAGUCUGGAUUAGACUGGGGAAACGUGGGUAGCUCACACCAGAAUCUUCAGGGAAUGACUGUGCUUCCCACUGCCUGUGUGGAUUUGAAUGGCAGGUGGAGCAGUGACUGCAGAUACUAGAAGUAGAAUUUAAGGGCACAGUUAAAGUGAAAAGAGAAAUCUGAGCUGUCCCUUUUCUCACAGCUGGCCAGGAGAUGUGACUUGCAUUUUCUAUCUGUUGAAGAUCCGGGGAGGGAAAGGUUUGCUGCAAAUGUUUUAGAGUUUUUAAAGAUUUCCUUUGUCUUUAAAAAGCCUUCAAUAUUUUUGAGUGUAUUCUUUUAUAGGACUCCUCUUUUUCCAGAUCAUCUCUACCUCCACAAUCCAAAUUAUUGAACCUCAACUCUCUGCAGUGAGACAAGGCAUUGGAAGGUUUUCAUUAAUUAUGAAAUGAUUAUGAGUGCCAUUUGAUUGCAAUACUGAUGAACACACAGUGGCACCUGCUAAACAAGAUGUAGUUCCCACCAAGGAACAACCUCCUGUGUGCAUUGAAUUAAUUACUAUUUUGCUGUACCUUUUAUAAAUAAAAAGAUGAGGAUUACAGUUUUAACAA